CUCUCUCUCUCCCUCUAUCCCCCUCCCUCUCAGGGUGACACUGAGCUGCCAUCGGUGGCGGUGACUAAGGUACCAAAGGGGGCGGGGCUGUCUGCGGUGGAGGCGGAGCCUGAGGAGUACGAGCCUCCGGGCGACCUAUCGUCGGACGACGAGUACAUGACGCUGGAGGAGGCGGAGUCUACCCGUGCGGAGCGGAUGAGGGCGGGGCUGAGGGAGCGGGUGCUCGCCACCAGGCAGCGCACGCGUGACAACCUCACCAAGACGGGCGCCACCCUGCGCCAGGGUGGCGCGGCGCUGGGGGGGCGCAUGCGGGGGCUGGGCCAGAGGGUGGUGCCCAGCGACGAGCAGCGCCAGCGGAUCAGGCAGAGCGGGCAGCGCCUGCGUCAGAGCAUCGCCGAGAAGGCCCCCAACAUCAGGCUCCGCCCCCCGCCGCGCUCCGUCGCCGAGGGCCAGGAGGGCGGGGCCGACGCCGCUGCCGCCGCGGCGACCGUGACGACUCCGCCCAAGGGCCGCAAGCGUGACGUGACGGAGCUGGAGAGGGAGGGGCCAGUGUCUGAGGAGAGGGUGAGCGUCAGCGUGCCGCUGGACGGGAAGGUCGCCGUGGAAACCGGCAAGGAUGAGGAAUGAGAGAGAGAGAGAGAGAAAAGGGUAGAGAGAGAGAGAGAGAGAGAGAGAGGGUUACAUAUAUUCAUGUUCUGCCCAAACUGAAGGUUUACAGCUGUGAGGGUGUGUGUGUGUGUGUGUGUGUGU